UGGAAGAGAUCACUAUGCACUUCGAUCUGUCCGAACCUGAGGACAGCGAAGUCACUGCGCCAACGGCAAGCCCGGUACUGAUGAAGGAAGCAAUGAGGAUAUUGCAGCUGAUGCUGAAGUCAAGGAUCCGGAGCAGCAGCAGCAAGAGGCUUCCAAAACACCAAGUCUGCCAAAGCGAAGGAAACAGAUUGGUGGGGGGACAAAGGAUUGGGUGAAGGUGAAAGAAUGGGUAAAUCCAAACCAUCUACCCUGCACGUACCAGAAUGGCAACGAGAAAACUGCUGAGCUCCACAAGUGGAGGAGCCACAACUGAGCAGCAGGAACAGGCUCAAGGCGAAGAUGCCAGUGCUGUUCUUGGGUGAUGACCAAGAGUCAGAUGACGAGGAGCCUGCAUACUGCUUUUACGCACCAAUACAACCUCCGAGCAUGGAUCAUGCGCUAGCCGGGCCUCAACGGGGGAAGUGGCUCGUUUCAAGAGAUGCAGAGUACAACAGCCAGAUGGAGAAUCACACGUGGGACCUGGUGUACUUGCCAAAUGGAAGAAGCCAAUACAGUGCAAGUGGCUGGCCAAAUCAAGACGGAUGAGAAAGGAGAGCCAUCAGUUUACAAGAGCAGGCUGGUGGCAAAGGGGUUUCAGCAGAAAGAGAAGAAGAUUACAAAGAAGUGUUUGCCCCAACUGCUAAGUCUCCAACGCUACGUGUGCUGCUAGCGGUAGCUGCUGUGCGCAAAUGGAAGGUGAAGCAGAUGGACAUCGUAACCGCUUUUCUGUACGGCAUUGUGGAAGAGGAGGUGUACAUGGUUCAACCCCCUGGCUAUGAGGAUGGAACCGGUCGUGUCUGCAAACUUAACAAGGCCAUCUAUGGCUUGAAGCAGGCCCGAGAUGCUGGUACAACAGGCUGGCCAGUGCACUGGAAGGGAUUGGAUUCCGUGCGAGUGCAUGCGACGAGAGCCUAUUCCUGAUGGGAGAGGGGAGUCACUUGUGCUUCUGCUGGUGUACGUGGAUGACAUCCUGCUCUUCAGCAGCAGUGACAAGGAGAUCGAUGGGGUGCAGCGGAAGCUCACAGAGCAGUUCAAGUGCAAGUCACUUGGAGAGGCAAGGUACUACCUGGGAAUGCACAUUGAGCGGGAUACUGAACGUGGCUGGCUCAAACUGCAUCAGGGACAGUACAUCAACACCUUGGCUGAGAAGUACUCUUUGCAGGAAGAACGGGAAGUGGUCACACCUUUGCCUUCCGAGUUCAAACUCAUAAAGGCAGCUGAAGGAGAAGGAGUUGAGAGUGAAGACCAGAGGCAAUUCCAAUCCAUGGUCGGGAGCCUACUCUACGCUGCUGUGCAUACUCGGCCUGACAUCAGCUUUGCUGUGGGACAGCUGGCUCGAGUAGUGCAAAAUCCAACAGAAGAGCAGUGUGGUGCAGCGGAGAGAGUGGUGCGCUACCUCAAGUCAUACCCUACAGUGGGAGUACAGUAUUCAGCCUCUGCUCAACUCAGUCAAAAAGGAGUUGAAGUCCUCAAAGAGAAUGGGGAGCAGCUCGGAGAAGGAAAGGUGUUCCUUUCCUGUUUUGCUGAUGCCACGUGGGCUUCUGAGCAUGAGGAUUCAUCAUCAGUUGGUGGAUACAUCUGCAUGGUGGGAGGUGGGCCUGUAAGUUGGAGGUCCAAGAAGCAGUCUGAGACGGCACUAUCUUCAGUGGAAUCUGAGUACAUGGCGAUGUUUCAUGCGGCAAAAGAAAUCAUCUGGCUAAGGAGGCUCUUGAAGGAGAUCGGCCAUGAACAGACUUGUGCGACACCUCUGUUCAGUGAUAGCAAGGGAGCCAUUGCCAUGGCGCGCAAUGCAGUUCUUCAUGGGUUGAACAAGCACAUGAGGAUCAAGUGGCAUUGGCUACGGAAGGAGGUGAAGCUUGGGACACUGGAUCCGAUCUACGUGAAAACUCAGCAACAGCCAGCCGACUUCCUUACCAAGCGGCUAGCUGAAGAGCCACACUGGCGCUGUGCGAGGAAGGCGGGAAUGUCCUUGAACUAGAGACGGCGAAACAAGCCGACAGUCUGAGGGGGAGUGUGUUGGUGCAUAUUCAUUUGCACGUCAUCCUGUCGUCUGUUCGCAUCAUUUCGUUUGCAUGUGUUUUGUGUGCUACGUUGUUUGUAUGGUUUGUUGGGUUUGCAUGUCUUUGCAUGUUCAUCUUGUGCUUGUGCAGAUGUGCUUGGAUUGUGCAUGACAUCGAGCACAUUCCAACGAGCCAAGAAUUGUUGGAAUCGGAGCACAUAUGAAGAAGUUACGAAGAAAUGUUUGAUGGAUUUGUUACAACUCAUUGGAAGUCCUUGUCAGCUGCUACACCAAAGUUGGAGAGCCCUAUAACGAGGAGGGACCAGCAUGUGUGGGACUUUUGUCCCCACCUUGCAGCUGCAGCAUUUGGGGUUUGGAGGCCAACCUGGCACAGGGUGAAUUUUGUCUUGCCAGGCUGGCUGAACCUGAGGAUGGGGAGUCAAAACUUUGACUCUUGUCAUGUUCUUGACCAUGGGCCUCCAGGGUCCUUCCCUUUCAUCCUUCCCUUCCUACCCCACCUUCCAACUGUGCUUCAAUGCCUUUUCUAUCAUGCCUCUGAUCUUGUAAGCUUCAAUCAUAGUGACUCUGAGGACUGUCAACUUCUCCUAGGGCAGAUUACCCCCCAGUGCGCCAAACGCCAUAGCUCACUCGUUCAGCUACGGAAUCG